AUGGGGAACAAAGCCGCCAUGUUGGUUAUGGCAACAGAAGACAACACAGCCACCAAAGGUGACUAUUUGGGGGACACCACAGCCCAGAAUCUCACUCCUCAAAUCCUCCUGAACAGUCUCACUCCUCAAUUCCUCCUGAACAUUCUCACUCCUCAACUCCUCCUGAACAGUCUCACUCCUCAACUCCUCCUGAACAUUCUCACUCCUCAACUCCUCCUGAACAUUCUCAUUCCUCAACUCCUCCUGAACAUUCUCAUUCCUCAACUCCUCCUGAACAUUCUCAUUCCUCAACUCCUCCUGAACCGUCUUACUCCUCAACUCCUCCUGAACAGUCUCACUCCUCAACUCCUCCUGAACAGUCUCACUCCUCAAUUCCUCCUGAACAUUCUCACUCCUCAACUCCUCCUGAACAGUCUCACUCCUCAACUCCUCCUGAACAGUCUCAGUCCUCAACUUCUCCUGAACAUUCUCACUCCUCAACUCCUCCUGAACAGUCUCAUUCCUCAACUCCUCCUGAACCGUCUUACUCCUCAACUACUCCUGAACAUUCUCACUCCUCAUCUCCCCCUGAACAGUCUCAGUCCUCAACUUCUCCUGAACAUUCUCACUCCUCAACUCCUCCUGAACAUUCUCACUCCUCAACUCCUCCUGAACAGUCUCACUCCUCAACUCCUCCUGAACAUUCUCACUCCUCAACUCCUCCUGAACAUUUUCAUUCUUCAACUCCUCCUGAACAUUCUCACGCCUCAACUCCUCCUGAACAUUCUCAUUCCUCAACUCCUCCUGAACAGUCUUACUCCUCAACUACUCCUGAACAUUCUCACUCCUCAUCUCCCCCUGAACAGUCUCAGUCCUCAACUUCUCCUGAACAUUCUCAUUCCUCAACUCAUCCUGAACAUUCUCACUCCUCAACUCCUCCUGUACAGUCUCACUCCUCAACUCCUCCUGAACAUUCUCAUUUCUCAACUCCUCCUGAACAUUCUAACUCCUCAACUCCUCCUGAACAUUCUCAUUUCUCAACUCCUCCUGAACAUUCUAAUUCCUCAACUCCUCUUAAACAUUCUAACUCCUCAACUCCUCCUGAAUAUUCUCACUCCUCAACUCCUCCUGAACAUUCUCACUCCUGAGCUCCUCCUGAACAUUCUAAUUCCUCAACUCCUCUUAAACAUUCUAACUCCUCAACUCCUCCUGAACAUUCUCACUCCUCAACUCCUCCUGAACAUUCUCACUCCUGAGCUCCUCCUGAACAUUCUAAUUCCUCAACUCCUCUUAAACAUUCUAACUCCUCAACUCCUCCUGAACAUUCUCACUCCUCAACUCCUCCUGAACAUUCUCACUCCUGAGCUCCUCCUGAACACUCAUUUCUCAACUCCUCCUGAACAUUCUAAUUCCUCAACUCCUCUUAAACAUUCUAACUCCUCAACUCCCCCUGAACAUUCUCACUCCUCAACUCCUCCUGAACAUUCUCACUCCUGAGCUGCUCCUGAAC